CGGCCGGGGGCGGCCGAGGAGGCGGCGGCGGCGGCGGAGGAGGCGGCGGCGGCGCGGGGGCGGCCGCGCCGGGGCGAGCAGCGGCGGGCGAGGCCCGAGCGGCGGCGGCGGCGGAGCGGCGGCGGCAUCAUGGCGGACAGAGACAGCGGCAGCGAGCAGGGCGGCGGCGGCGGGGGCGCGGCGGGCGCCGGGGGGCCGGGCGCGGGCGGCGGCGGCCCGGGCGGCGGCGGCGGCGGCGGAGGGGGCCCGGGCGGCGGGCUGCAGCACGAGACGCAGGAGCUGGCCUCCAAGCGGGUGGACAUCCAGAACAAGCGCUUCUACCUGGACGUGAAGCAGAACGCCAAGGGCCGCUUCCUCAAGAUCGCCGAGGUGGGCGCGGGCGGCAACAAGAGCCGCCUGACCCUCUCCAUGUCCGUGGCCGUCGAGUUCCGCGACUACCUGGGCGACUUCAUCGAGCACUACGCGCAGCUGGGGCCCAGCCAGCCCCCCGAGCUGGCGCAGGCGGCCGACGAGCCCCGGCGGGCGCUGAAGAGCGAGUUCCUGGUGCGGGAGAACCGCAAGUACUACAUGGAUCUGAAGGAGAACCAGCGCGGGCGCUUCCUGCGCGUCCGCCAGACCGUGAACCGCGGCCCGGGGCUGGGCUCCACGCAGGGCCAGACCAUCGCGCUGCCCGCACAGGGCCUCAUCGAGUUCCGCGACGCCCUGGCCAAGCUCAUCGACGACUACGGCGUGGAGGAGGAGCCGGCCGAGCUGCCCGAGGGCACCUCCUUGACUGUGGACAACAAGCGUUUCUUCUUCGACGUGGGUUCCAACAAGUACGGCGUGUUCAUGCGGGUGAGCGAGGUGAAGCCCACCUACCGCAACUCCAUCACCGUCCCCUACAAGGUCUGGGCCAAGUUCGGCCACACCUUCUGCAAGUACUCGGACGAGAUGAAGAAGAUCCAGGAGAAGCAGCGGGACAAGCGCGCCGCCGCCGCCGCCGCCCCCGCCGUGGGCGCCGAGCCGCCCCCCGAGGCCGAGGCGGCCGCCGCCGGGCCGCCCGGCGCGCUGCUGCAGGCCGAGGAGCCCGAGGAGGACUGACCGCCCGCCCCCCGGGACGCGGACUGGCCCCGCCGCCGGCGGGAGGGCGGGCGGGCGGCGGGGCGCGGGGGCGGCGGCCCGGAGCCCCCCCUCCGCCCGGAGCCCCCCCGGCCGCGCCGCCCGCCCGGC